AUGUCCAAUUUCAAGAGGGCUCCCGUAUCCGGCGGACUCCCACGCAACCAUGUCCUGGCCUCGCUGCGCUCGACGCAGCUAGUCGACUCAAAGCCACUACUCCCGGCAGAACUCAUCUCUACCAUCCUUGACUUCCUUCCCGUCGCCGACCUCUUCCGCUUUGCCCGCACCUCCAGGCGUAUGCAGGAAAUGGUGUACGAUGACACACGAUGGAUACAAAGAUUGAAGAGCAUGGGAUGCUGGAAUGAGGCAGAAGCGCGGCAGCGGUUUGAGGAGUCUAUGAGGAGGAAGCAGGAAGCGCAAAGGGCUAGGGAAGCGGAGGAAGCGCGAAGAACGGGUGUUGGGCUGAAUGGUAGCGUGAAUGGCAUUGCUGGCGGUGGGGAUGGGACUAGGAAGACAAGUUCCACUCUGUUUGAUGCUGGUGUCGAGGAAGAGAGACACCGGAGAUCACUUGAGAGAUCUGGGAGACCGCGCAACGGGACGCUGCAGGAUGGGUUUGACGCUAUGACGCUUGGAUCGAGUGAUGGAGACGGGGCGCGUCAGGAUCCGAUGCAAGCGCUGGGUGUAGUCAAGAGGGCACGCUCGAUCCGGGGCUAUGCACGGCAAGAGUACGGCAAGAUUUACGGGGCUUUGGCGCCAUACUACCUUGAUCUGGCGCGGUCAAGGAGCCAUACAGACCCGGUUCUGUUUCAAGUAUACCGGGACCCCGAACAGCAGGCAAGGAUGCUGGCGCAGCUGAAGAUCUUCGCUAAGAGUGAUUUUGCGCUUGGAUGGCAUGAGCGAGAAGAGAAGCUCAACUCGAUAAUGGGCGUGUUUGAGAACGCUGUUCUUCGAGAGUUCGAGCAGGGCUACGAAUCGAAAGACGUGGACGGCCGAAUGAGGAGAUACGCACACAUUCUCGUAACCCUGAACGGCGGCGCUGCUGCGGUCGAUGUUUUCAUACACUAUCACCCUCUAAUGCUCGAAAAGGACAAGUUGGGCAACCCCUUGGACUGCUUAGAAGGUGCGUCAUUAGGAACAGUGUCUCUCCAACACUCGGAAGGCUUCUUUCGCCGCCUCGCUGGAGCGAUAAACGAGCAGGUCUCGGUCGUGGACCGUGUCUUUCCACCUUCUACCGACGUCAUCUUGCCUCUGCUGGAUCGUGUUGGAGAAGACAUCAUCUCAGAGUAUGUCACUGCAUUGUUCGAUGAGGCUCAUGAACGGAACAUCGAGUCAUACCUCAAAGCAGUGUCCGGGGUGUUUGAGCAGAGUCUGCAGUUCGCAAGGUCCAUUGAACCCACGAAAGACUCCGCGCCAGACUUUACCGACGAGGUUACUCGGAUCGUUGCACGCAGCAUUGAACCGCACGUGGAUCUUUAUCUGCAAGAGGAGCUCGAUUUUUUCAAGCGAAGAUCGGAUGCCGAAGUUACCCAAUGGGAGAAGCGGCUUUUCGAUGAAGAGGCAUCCACGGAGUCGUUCUUCAUGUCCAACGUCAACCGUCAAGCCGUUAAACGCGACUUCUUGACCUCGUUCAAGAAAGUCGUCAUGCUCCCAGUCAAUGUUCUACCAGCGAAUCCCUUCGCUGCAGCCAAGGCCACAGUCACGCAGCCAGCUACUAAUGGCAGCUCUCUGGACAUCAUAUCGCGUCCUACAACACCCCUCCCCACGGAUAGAUCUGUCACUCCUCGCCCAGAAGCCCCUACGACUGAGCUAGCGGCCAAAGCCGCCAUCAUGAACUCUCGCCUCGAAGGCAUCAGAUCAUUGUUCAGCAUCGAGGUUGCUCUGAACCUUAUCCACACGGCGAAGUCCAGCUUGGAGCGCGUAGCAAAUUUCGUCCAGCUCGGCGGGCAGUCCAGCGAAGAGGCCAAGGAGCAAUGCGAAGCCAUCUUCGUGCAACUGCUUCAGGUGCUCGGAACGCGCCACAUCAAGACCGGGUUUGACAAAGCGGUGACCCACCUCUCCACGUACAAUCCUCGUGAGGUUGGAGAGCACAGCCAAUCGGGCGUUGAGCCGCUGGUCACGUUCUUGGAGUUGGUGAAUGUAGGCGACCUUAUACAGCAGAUGGUUGACGUCUUCUACAUGCAGGAAAUGGUCUACGCAAAAUUGACUGAUCGCGACGACUUCCUCAGCCCAGCAAUCAAGGAGAAGAAGCGCUUUGAGCAGAUGCUCGAUGAGCGCGUAGCGGCUGGGCUCAACAAGGGCAUCGAUGUGCUCAUGGACGAGGUCGAGUAUAUCUGCGCGACGACGCAGCUGCCAACGGACUUCAACCCUAGCGUCUCUGGAGAUGUCUUCCAGCAAGUCGUCGAUAUCGGCCCAACGUCGACAGCAACGCGGGUGGUUGAAGUCGUCUCCAGCCACACGAGUAUGCUGGUAGGAAGCACCGACAAGAAUGUGCUGGAUGUGUUCAAUCAGGAGGUUGGGCUGCGCCUCUUCACUGCGCUGUGCAAGCAUCUCAAGCGGCAGCGCAUCAGUGUCGACGGCGCGAUCAAGCUUAUCAGUGACACCAACACCUACCAUGCCUACAUCUCGACUCUGCGCAACAAGUCGCUGACGCAGUAUUUUGCGGCGUUGCGGGAGCUGUCGCAGAUAUACCUGAUUUCAGCUGACCAUGCCAAGGAUAUAGCGACGAUUAUCGCGGAUUCGGACCGCUACUAUGGCAUCUUUAGAGCGGAAGAGGUGUAUGAGUUUGCAGAGAGGCGAGCGGAUUGGUUCGUUGUGAAGAGGGAGGUCGAGAGGGCCAUGUAUGGGUUUGGGUGUUGUGUGAUGUGA